CCAAAACAUUUCACGGAACUUAAGAUUUUACUAAAAAACUUAUUAAAUUCUAGUCAAAAGAUUACACCAAAUGAUCAAAUUAUUUGUCAGUUCUUGUUUAGCAGCUUAUACUAUCUUAUAAAGAAUUAUUUACUCACUGAUUGCCUUUUUCAGUUUAUUUUAAUAACAUUUGGAAUAAUGAAAAAGACAUUCAGAUAGCUGCAUUUUAAUACGAUGCUGGAAGAGUAUUUCAGAUAAUAUAAAAGAUUCUUGUGAAAAUAAAACCAAAUAUGAUCGUACUUUUCUUAUUAACAUUAUUGUUCCUGAUACUUGGGAUGCUGCUAAUGAUCCGAAUAAUAGUUUUUAUCAACCAUAUCUUGUUUAUAUGGAGGCAGCUGUCUUUGCAAUUAAUCAAGUCAACUCGAAAACAGAUUUUUUAUACGGAUACAAAAUGGCUCUGAAUAAGGUUUUGGGUCAUGAUGUUGCAGAUGCGCAUCCUCAAGAUAUUAUAACAAUUCUUACAUUUGACACAUUGGUCACUUAUUUGUUUGAUGUUCCCAUAAUCAUCGGUCCCAACGAAAACUUAUACAGUUCCUUUGUGGAAAUGGCAGACAGUACGGAAACAGUUAUGGUGAGCUAUGGAGCAACAACUGUUAGUUUAGAAUAUGAAUCAACAAAUAUAUUUAAAACAGUGCCAUCAGAUCGGUUCAGAAUGCAAGCAUUAUUAGACCUAUUGACUUCUUUGGGGUGGAACUAUUUCAAUUUAGCAACCUCAGAAGCUAUGUAUAUAGACAAUGACACAGAGGUUUUCAAUAAUUGGGCAAGCAAUUCAAAUCUAUGCAUAAGGGAAAUUAAAACAUUUUUAGAAGAUUUUGAUACUAUGGUGUAUAGAAAAUAUCUUCGAAAAAGUUACGAUGAUUUAGAUGGAAUCGCACCUGAAAACGAAUAUAGAAGUUUUCUUCGAAACUCCUAUGAAGAUGGAAUAAAUGGAAUUAUUGCUUUUACAAAUCCGGAAGAUUCUCUGUUUUUGUUAAAGGAAUUAAGAGCACUAAUUAUUGAAAAAAAUUUAAAGUCAAAUCCAUUUAAAAUAAUCUGGUUUUACGGAGCAAUUGAUUUUUUAUAUUUUUCACCUCCAAUGUCUGAUCAUGUACAUAUUUUACAUGUAGAAUCUAUUUCAAUUGAGUUAACACACACAGAACAUAUGGAGUUUAAAAAUUUUAUGGAGUCUCGUUAUCUUAUCCCAAACCGGAAUCAAUCAUGGUAUUCUGAAAAAAAUGCUGUUAAGUAUUACGGCAAUGUAAGUACAACGUAUUAUAAAAUAGCCAAAAAAUAUAACUUCAUGCAAAAACAUUGUCGUAUUACUAGAUGCUCUGAUGUUCCAUACAAUGUGGAGUGGUUUACAACACGACGACCUUACACAGAAAAAGUUCUUGUAAAUUACAUGAUUCACGCUAUUUAUGCUAGUGCUAUGGCUAUCCGUACUUUAAUAGAAAAAAAAUGUGAUACAUCACACCUUACUUUUUUCAAAUGUGAAUAUUCUACCGUAAAUGUGAGUAAUGUUAGGAAAGAAUUGUUUAAUAUUCUUCGUUCAAUGUCAUAUCCAGACAACACUAUUUCAUCAACUGUGUUUUGGGAUAACUAUACUAAACCUGAAAUAAUUAGCUAUGACUUUGUAUACCACAACCCUACUAAAAGAGCAUUUAAGUCUACUAAAGUUGGUGUUUGGUCAAUAAAUCGCACUAAUUCUUAUUUCAAGAAUGAAGAUGUUCUUGGACGAUGUAAAAGAAAUUUUUUAUUUGACCAUAGCAAAGUAUGGAUGGGUUUUAACUUUACUCCAAUUUGUAGCAAACCUUGUGAUAUAGGUUACAUAAAGGAACAUGCUAAUGACAACCUCAAAAUCUGCUGCUGGAGUUGUAUAAAAUGUCCUUUUAAUAGCAUUGUUAUUAACAAUACAUGUGUAAAGUGCCAGCUAGGCUUAGAAAAAGCAGAACUGAAAACAAUGACUUGUUCAAGGUUACCAAAAAAAAAAAUCAGUUUUUUUACAUUUCCGUGUCAUCUAAGUGUGUUAGCUUUAUUAAUUAUACUUGUGUAUCCUAUGAAUAUAUUUUGUCUUGUCAUUGUUCUUCGCUAUUUUGAUUCAAAAAUUUUCAGGAAAAGUCGAAGAGCACUGUGGAUUGUUUAUCUCAUUGGUAUUUUUUUCCAAAUAACAGCUGCAAUUUUAUAUUUGAACUCAGCAACUUACGUUCUUUGUAUUCUCAAAAGUUUUUUUUCUCAAACUGGCUCAAAUAUAUGUUUUUUGACCAUUCUUUUAAAAUUAUGUGUUCGUCUUCCAAUUAUAACGAAGAAAUCAGUAAAACAGUUUGCAUUUGCAAGGGAAUCACUUGAAAAUACAUCACAAAUUAGCAGACCUCCUAAAUCAAAUCAAACUAACUGUUUAUAUCGCAUAAUAUCCAAUAAAAUAUUGCAGGUAAUUGUUUUGCUACUAUUAUCUGUUGUUCCUUUCAUUUGUAUUCACACGAAUAUUGGUUAUUUCACUGUAGUUGAGGUUGGAGUAGAUAAUUAUACAUACUCGACUGACGUCUGUGGAUUCACGACACACAGGUUCUACUUUCACAUUGUUAAUUUAGUGUGCUAUUUUUUAAUUAUUUUGUCAAUGGGACUACAGAUUCGAAAUAAACAAUUUUUAGACAUGAAGUAUAAUGAAGGCUGGAGUUUUGUAUUAACAACGUCGGUAUCAUUUUUUAUAACUAUCAUAUUUUCUGUGGCUUUCGCUGUAGCUAAUUUCAAUUAUUUUCACGAAGAUAUAGCUUCCUCAUAUUUUUAUUUACUUAGAAGUUAUACAUUUCUUGGCUUCAUAUUUGUCCCGAAGAUAUGUUAUUUUUACAAAUAUCGGGACCAGAUUAGAAAAGAAAAUGCAAAUAGAAUGAAAAAAAAAUCAGAACUUAUGGAACUAAGGAGUUUUUGACAUGUUUACUAAAAAACAAUCAAAAAUCAUUGCUUCGUUAGAGUGUUGAUAAGUCGUUCUUUUAUUAUUUUUACAUAUAAAUACUUUUUGUGAUUUCUUGAAUAGCCCUAUCUAUUUCUAAACGAAUAUCAAUUUUCACGGUUACGAAUCGACAAAAAGUGAUUGAUACAUUGUUUUUAUUAUCAUUAUAAUUGGAUUAAUUAUUGUUUCCACGGGGAAAGUAGAUGAAAGCAAUGGCGUUGCUAACAAAUACAAUUUUUAUUUUUAUAAGAAGUUACUUUAAAAUUUUUUUGUUGUUGAUAUUUUUUAAAUUUUAUUUAAAAACUGAGCUUUAUAAACUUUAAAAUAAAAAUAGAUAUCUAAAUAUUAUUACAAGCUUGUUAAGGGUUUGAUUUGAAUUCUUCAGUUGAUUUUUGUGUUUUGGUUAA